AUGACCUACCCAGGCGUUGAAAAGAUUGGACACGUGGAAAGAUUCCGCUUUUCCCAUCAUCCUCGAUCCUCAGAUAUACUUCUCUUUGCGUUCGACUACCCUGGCAUGGAUCCCGACACAGCGUGUACACUGUUUGAAGAACACUUUUCGCAGUCAAGUCUGGAGGAAUUUCGUAUAAUGAAUGGAGUGGUUAGCAACACAUCGAUACCACCAGUGAUCAUCGAGGCUCUCUUUUCCAACAGAAUUGAAUACAGCAACAUCCUCAAGAAUGCAGCAUUGGGCUUUAAACACAUGCAAAAACAACCACUUACUAGAAGCCACGACGAAAAAGAAGACGGCAAUAGCUUCUUGGCUCUCCCAGGAUUACGGGUUUAUCAGACAGCACCAAAGGAUCCACAAUACAUAGUUUAUGCCCUAUCGUCUACUCUCCCGCUUGAUUCUCCUUCCAUGGUUCGCAAUGUAGUCAGCAGCGCUGUCAUCGAAAGGAUAGCCAGUUGCUUUUCAAUCACCAAUGGUGAGGCUGGUAAGUAUCUAGUCGAUGUCCUCGUCGAUUCCUCUAGUCUACAGCAAAGAAACGAUACGUUGCCCUUGCAUCACGAUAAUUCCAAUGCCUGCUUCAUUGUAAACAUCCCGACCCAUUUGAUGAGCAUUUGGAACUGCGGUGCCAAACACAACAUGUUCAUAUACAACACAUUUUACACAUUGUCCCGAUGGCCAUCCAAGUAUUACUUUUAUUGUCAACACUGCCGAAGUCUCGACCAUCAUAAUACUGUAGAUUGUCCAAAUGAAAAUGACACAAUUGGAUCGCUGUAA